UUGAAAAUGAGGAAGUCCAAGCUUGUUCCAUUUCCCUAUGCCUCAACGUUAGAUUUUUGGGUGGUGUAGCCUUUGACUAUAUUUAACAAGAUGUAUAUGCUUGUACAAACACACACGGCGGACCUGCUACAUCUGAAGAGGUCGCCUGGGAUUCGCGCGUGGUCAUUACUUGUAGGUAUGUUAUCCAUUGGACUUGCUGCUGCAUACUACAGUACAGAUAGCCUGUGGUGGAAGUCAUUUUAUGUGACCGGCUGUUUAUUCGUGGCCCUUCAAAACAUGGAAGAGUGGGAGGAAGCUGUGUUUGAUAAGGCCCGCAACACAAUUGAACUGAAGACAUUCAGUCUAUAUGCACUGGUGCUCACAGUGACACGUGGGGGCCAUAACACAGUGGUAUUGGACAUGCAGCAGCUACGUGAUCUGAGUGUCCAGGAGGAGAAGGUGCGCUACCUGGGAAAAGGAUAUGUUCUCAUACUGCACAUGGAGACUGGCUUUUCUUAUCCUCUCACUCAGAAUGCCGUACUGGCAGGAAAAUGUGAUGUGGAAGCAGUUGAAGCACUUCUCAGACGUUUCCUUGUCCUGGAGGAGGGGUCAUGUGCUUCACAAGGAAAUGAGCGAGAGAUAGAAACAGAAGUGAAUGACAGUAGUGAUUCAGAGGAUUAAACUAAAUGUCCUUUUACCAUAUGAGGUCAGAUAUAGCAGCACUUCUGGCAUGUGUGUUGUACAUCUCUAAUUGGAAGGCUUUGUUAAAUCCUGUCAUUACAGUAAUUUCCAAACAGAAACGAAAUAGUCUGAUUGGAGGGGAGUCUACUUUCAGGUCUUUGUAAGAGUAAUCACAGGAGAGAUUGACUGCCAGCAUUAACUUUGUUACUUUGAUUGAUUAAGUUGAUACUUUGAUUGAGUUUGUAUAGAAAACGGAUCAACUUUUACCUUGGUUCAGUGGUGCAGUAUCUACCUCAACAACACAAUUGUGUUCUUUGUGCCUUUGCUUUAUUUGUUCCUCUGUAGUUUUCUCCCUGCGUUGCUUGCAGCUAUUUCCAGCUGUGUUUAAUACAUAUCCAUAAAGAAAUCAUUAUUGUGAAGGUCCGUGGUAUUGCUUCUCUGUAAACAUUUACUUAAACAGUAGCCUACAUGAUGUACAACACAAUAAGGCUAUGUUCAGAUUGCAGACAGAUCAUUUCUUCUUUUUUUUCGCCAAAUAAAAUCUUUUGAAAUAA